AUGACGCACAAACAUGCCUUCGAAGCACUUGACAAAACUUUGAAGGACAUAAUGUCUAUGAAAAAUCCACACGCAAAGGAUCAAACUUUCGGCGGAAAAACGGUUUUGUUAGGUGGUGAUUUUAGACAAAUCCUUCCGGUAGUUCCACAAGGGACUCGAGCUGAUACCGUCUUAGCUUCGAUAUGUCAUUCAAAUCUAUGGAAUUUCUGCCACAAGUUCCCUUUGAAGACAAAUAUGCGAGUCAACCAUGACGAAAAAGAGUUCUCCGAUUGGCUUCUCAAAGUCGGUGAAGGUCGUCCAGAAUCAGAACAGGGAGACGAGGACGAUGGCUACCAUGACCAAAUGGUAAAUAUCGAUCCAACAUUGCUCAAAGAGACUAAAGAAGAGUCACUAAAGCAAGUUGUCGAUGCAGCGUAUGGUGAUACCAACCAAAUAGAGGCCUCCCAAAGUUCCUACACCGAUAAAGCUAUCCUAACACCCCGAAAUGAUACAGUCGAUGAAAUCAAUGCGUAUACAAUCUCCAAAACCACCGGAGAGUCAAAAGACUACUACAGUUACGAUAGCUUUGAGGUUUCGGAAACUCAAUCUAACCAAAAUGAUACACUAUACGCCAUUGAGUAUCUCAACUCGAUGGAGUUUCCAGGGUUGCCUUCCCAUAAACUCACUCUCAAAGUUGGGGCCCCGAUUAUGCUUCUGCGAAACAUAAACCAAACAAAGGGAUUAUGUAAUGGUACCCGUAUGAUCCUAACCCACAUAGGCGAAAGAGUGCUUAAAGCAGAUAUAAUUACUGGUUCCCACAUUGGAAAUGAAGUUUUGAUCCCACGAGUAGUCCUCUUGCAUGGGGAUACACAGCUACCCUUCACUUUACGUCGACGCCAGUUCCCUAUCAGAUUGUGUUAUGCGAUGACAAUCAACAAAAGCCAGGGCCAAAGCUUAAAAGAGGUUAUCCUAUAUCUUCCUAGACCGGUCUUCUCACAUGGUCAACUCUACGUGGCCCUCUCACGUGUAACAAGCAAAGCAGGACUAAAAAUCAUCAAAGGCGAAGACUCACACAAACAAAAAGUGAAGAACAUAGUCUACAAAGAAAUCUUCAACCGCCUUCAUCCACAUGAGAGUAAGUAAAAUUCAAAACUCAGAAUCUCAUGGAAGAUUUCAAAGUGGUUAUCUAUCUAAAAAUUCAUAUCUAUCUACUAUGCAGCACUCGAGGUACCACCAGAAAUGAAUCAGAACUAAAACUCCUUCCGUGAUGAAGGUUACCUCAGUGCUUACAAGUACGUUUCCCUACUCUACUAUCUAAUUAAUUGAUAACUAAUACUAAUCUAUGUUCACUGAUAUAUUUAAAAAUAAAUUUCAGGCUCCCCAACACGGAAACUCCUUCCCUUCCACCACCUCCUUCGUCAAAAGUCCACCGUCUUAUUUACGAUUUUUCUUCUAUGUUUUAAGACAUUAACAUAUGCUCUUAAUAAUGAUAAGGACAAUUUUGCUUCUACA